CUAGAGUCACCAUCAUCCUCAGCCAGACUUCAGAUCCUGCUUGGAGCAAACAUGGAAUAUAAGAAAGAGGUUCUCCAGGAGGCCAAGAUGGACUGCUGGAUGGCGGCUCUGCUGACGAUUGUUGCCGGUGUUGGAACUCUGCUGCUGCUGAGGCGGGUGGUCAGCAGCCACCCGGAGGCGAAGGAGAAGAUCCAGAGAGCCAGAAACCGGAGGACCGAGAGCCUGAGGCGGGCAGAGGAGUCCGUGAUCCGGUACAAGCAGUCGCAUCAAACAAUCGACUUGGCUCCCAUCCUGGAGCUGCCCCUGUCUCAGCUGACAAAGCAACUGCAUGAAGGAUCCCUGGACCCCAAGGAUGUAUUUUACUCUUACAUGGAAAAGACUCUGGCUGUUCACAAAAAGCUGAACUGCUGCACCGAAAUUUUGCUGGAGAGUCUUGACCAGCUGGAAACUGUUGGUUCCAACAAGGAAGGUCUUUUAUAUGGAGUUCCAGUUAGCAUUAAGGAUAAUUGUGGCUAUAAGGGUCAUGACUCAAGUUGUGGCGUACUCUUGCAUCUGGAACAGCCUGUCCAGGAGGAUGCUGUGCUUGUUCAAGUUCUGAAGAAACAAGGAGCUAUUCCCUUUGUGAAAACCAACGUGCCCCAAGGCCUUUUAUCGUAUGACUGCAGUAACCCUAUGUACGGGCAGACAGUGAACCCCCACAACCUCCAGAAGACCUCUGGAGGUUCAUCCGGUGGGGAGGGGGCUCUCAUUGGGGGAGGAGGCUCCCUGCUUGCUAUUGGCUCUGACAUAGGAGGUAGCAUCCGUAUUCCUGCUUCAUUCUGUGGGAUCUGUGGUUUUAAGCCAACAGCGGGUCGCCUAAGUUCACAGGGUUUUCAAGCUGCUUGUCGAGGGCAAAAGUCAGUGCCAUCAACUCCUGGACCUAUAGCACGGGAUGUGGAUAGUCUUGCUCUGUGUAUGCAGGCAUUGCUCUGUGAUCACAUGUUUUCCUUGGACCCCACUGUUCCACCGUUACCUUUUAAUAUGCAGAUUUACCAGAGCAGUAAGCCUCUGAGGAUUGGUUACCUAGAAUGCGAUGGCUUCCAGCAACCAUCUCCAAGCAUGGUCCGCAGCGUCAGAGAAGUCAAAGCUCUGCUGGAGCAAGCAGGGCACACUUUUGUGCCUUUUCAACCUCUGAGGAUAAAAGAAGCUCUCUAUGAAUUGAUGUUGAAAGGUAUAUAUGCAGAUGGAGCUACCACCCUGAUACAAAAACUGGUGGGGAGCCCUCUGGACCCUACUCUUAAACAACAGAUUCUUCCCUAUACUUUUCCUGUGUGGUUGAAGAAAACCCUCUCAUUCCUCCUCAAGCCCUGGUUUCCUCGUACUUCUAUCUCCUUGAGAGCUCUCUGUGGAGUUGGAUCUGUUCCAAAGCUGUGGAAGCAGCAUGCUGCUGUUGAGGACUACAUUAAAGACACAAUUGCACAUUGGAGGAGAUGCAACAUAGAUGUGCUGCUGUGUCCUGUGAUCGCACCAGCCUACAACUUAUUGUACUGUGCCAAAAAUUCCACUAUUCUAAGUUACACAAUGCUUUACAAUCUCCUGAACUUUCCUGCUGGAGUAGUUCCUGUUACCACGGUGACAAAAGAAGAUGAGGAGGAGCUCAAGCAUUAUGCGGGCAUUUAUCAGGAUGUGUAUGACAAACUCUUCAAAGAAGCGGUGACUGGAGGCGAGGGUCUGCCGGUGGCGGUGCAGUGUGUUGCCCUGCCGUGGCAGGAGGAGCUCUGUCUGCGCUUCAUGAAGGAGGUGGAACAACUGGUCAAACAGAGCAGAAAGUAAAGCUGCUGACUGUCCCUAACCCACAGGUGGAAAUUAAAAAAGCAAAAUAGAUUUAAGGGACCCCAGGGUAAUUUUAAUGAAUGUCCCCUUUUUAAAUAUAUUAACAUUUUCAACUGCGUAAAACAUUAUAGCUUUUAACCACAUAGGAACAACUGAAAUAUGAAAGAGUGAAAACUAAUAAUUGAUUACAAAAGCAGUUUAUUUUAAAAUGUCAUAUUUUGAAUUUUACUUCUAUAUAUUUUUGUUUAGUUUUUUGGCAAGUUAGCUACAUGUCACUGUCCAUGUGUAUGUCAUUCAUUGACAAUUUUUAACAUUUGAUUUAUCUGAUAUUGUACUUCAAAAAAAUAUAAAUUUUUUUCACAUUUGAAUUUAAGA